GAUUUCAAAAAAACGUUCGAUUUCUCGAAAUCUGUUCCUUGAAAUUCUAGAAGUUCUUUGAUAACAGAAGUGUAUUCAAAAAGGAGAACAGAUGAUGAACACAUUCAGAUUACUAUAAAGAGAGUUGCAGAAUUGGCCCCAAAUCACCCUGAAGUGAAUAGACUUUUUAAUACACAAAUGAGAAGAAAUCUCCAACAUUUAGAAUUUUCGUUGUUGGGCCGUCACUUUUUUGAUAAAUUCGAAGUAUCAGAAAUCCCAGAACAUAACAUUGAAUUGUGGAGAGGAGUUCUUACUUCUAUCCAGCAACAUGAAACUGGCAUGAUGAUGGCAGUAGAUACAGUUCAUAAAGUUUUAAGACGAGAUAGUGUACUUCAUCAGAUGACAAAUAUAGCACAGGAAGACACAAGAAAUUCUAAGGAUAAUUGUAUAAGAAAAUUAGCUGGUGCAAUUGUGAUGACUCGUUAUAAUAACCGUACUUACCGAAUUGAGGAUAUUGAUUGGAACAAAGAUCCAACUCAUACUUUUGAAAUGAAAAAUGAGAGAAUCUCUUAUAUGCAGUAUUAUAAAAGAGUAAGAAUAUCUAAA